AUGAAUGUCACAUGGGGUUUGCUGACGGUUUUGAGUCUGGUGUGCCACACUGAGUCGAGGUGCUCACCGACCUCGUAUUAUAAGAACUGCUGGAUCCGACGCUUUCCCGGGAUUUUCAUCGAUAUCGAGGAGUCUCAGCGGAGAGGAGCUCAGCUUCUCAAGUAUUACCAGGAGGAGACGGCGCUGAAAUGCAGCCGCACCUGUUGCCUCACGAGGAACUUUUCCUGUAAUCUGGCCAUAUUUCACUACGAUACCACUCAAGAAAACGCCAACUGUUUCCACCUGCACUGCCCAACACUGGAGAGCUGCAUUCUCAGCCACAGAGGAAACGUUGUUCUGUACAAUGUCACAAAGGGUGUGGAUCCUGACCUGUUGGUGUUUGGAAAAUACUUCACCUCCAACGUACGUGUGUUGCCCCACUACUACAGCAGAGGCAACGCCUCAGAGCCGCUGCCCUCAGACAAACGCCAGUUCAUUCAUCCACCUCCACCUGCUGCUCUGCCUCUGACUUCAGCACCCACAGUUAAACCCCUCACCACCACCACAACCACUACUGACACCAGUACCACUAUGCUGCAGAGCACCAGUCAGCCUUCAACAGUUCCCACUGCUACAGAUAACUUAUCCUCCACUCCAGAGACUCCACAAGCUUCAGGGAGUGAAGCAGAAACAGCCCUGACCACCUCCACUAUUUCUUUUGCACCCAGCUUUACUAUGCCUCCUUCAUCCACCCUCAGUGCUUACGAUCCCCAGAUGACUCCUGUCUUCUCUACCACAACUGCACAGCCCCCCACGUCUCCCACCCAUCAUCACGCCACCAGCCCUCCAACUUCAACAGCCUUUAUAGGCAUCAUACAGAGCAGCCAGCAAUAUCCCAAUGACACCAAGGGCAGCCUGGGGAGGAACCACACUGCAGGCAGUGAGGCAGGCCAGGGUGUCAGCGGGGAAGACACCCUCGGGAGUUUGGGACCUGGGUGGCACGUAGCUGCUCACACUUUGCUGGUAGCAGUGGCCAUUUGUAUCACAGUGCUGCUGAGCUGCUGUUGCUCUAUUCUGCUGGUGGUGAGCUGGAGGGGUCAGAGGAAGAGGAUGGGACGAUACAGAACAUCGUGGAGAGGGAAAAGAGGCUCCAUGCGUCUGAUUAAAUAUGUGCUGGUCAGAGAAAACACCUGAAAGUAGGGUCAAGAAAAAAAGAGGCUGGAACUGACUUUUCUUUUUUGUUUACAGCAAAGUUUAUAAUGAGGGAAUCCAGGAUGAAGACAGACAUCUGACAUACAUUUCUAGUUAUAUUUUUGUAAAAUAAUACUGAAUUAUUUUAAUAGCAAGGACACAGCUAUGGCUUUACUUUGAGGAAAUAGAGAUGAAAAUAUGGUUACUGUCAACUGCUGCAUUGAGGUUACAAUUCUGUACAUUGAAAGUGAACAAGCAAAGGUAUUUUGUGGCUUAGAUAAGAUCACCAAACAUGUAGUUACCAUGAUUUUGGUUUCACUUGUGAAGCAAUGACUCAACAGAAGAGCCAAAUUAGGCUCAUGCAUUUGGGCACUGCAAUUUAUCUGAAGAAAGACAACAUGAUGUCUAUUUAGCUGACCAAAAUGUUGAUAUACAAUGAGUUUAAAGGGACAGUUCACCUGAAAACAUAAACACACAUUUUUCCUUUUACCUGUAGUACAGUUUACCAGUCUUGAUUGUUUUGGUGUGGGAGAUAUCGGCCAUAGAGAUGUCUACCUUCUCUUGAAUGUAAUGGAAGUAGACGGCUCUCCAUGACCACGAAAUUACUUUUAAAAAACUCAACAUUAAUGUCUCUUUCUAGAAAUCAUGACCCGAUUACACAAGAUAAUCCACAGAUCUUGUUGUGAGCAGUUUCAUUUAGCAACUUUUUUCUUUUUAUUGAUCUACACCCACCGAGCGUAUCACAGCACAGAAGGAAGCGUGCAUCUACUCAUGGACCAGAGGCUUGUGCUCGUGUAAGCGCGAGAUGUAAAUAUUAAUGGUGUUCCCCUUGGUUGAGCUGUAACGUUAGCUAGCAGUCGAUGCAUGCUUCCUUCUGCACGGUGAUAUGAGCCCUUUUUACAAAGGAAUUGUACAAAUUUGCACCAAAUCAGUCUUGGUUCAGCAUUGGCAGUAUAAAAACAAAAUCGGGGAGUGCAGCAAAAUGCCGCCUGCCUACUUUUGUUCAUACACAAUGUGCCUUUUUUGGGGCAAUGGGGGGCGUGAGCAAGUAACAAAACGUGUAGCUGUGGCUGUGACGUAAACAGUGACGUACUCCGAGGGAAGCCGCGGCUGGUCAGUCCUUCAGUGAUUCUCUCAAGUUGGCCUGUCCUUCACCGUCAUUUGCCGGUUAAUGGCCUCUUCGUUCGCGAGGGCAAGGAGGGUGUGCAAUUCCUUGUCUCCCUAGUUGCUCAUCUUUACAGUGUCUUUCAGGUUUGCCUUUCCCUCUUCCUACUAGUUGCUCAUUCCUGCUAUCAGCUGUUUCCUGUUAGUCCACCGCCAGUGGGUCGCAUGUACAACAUCAUCA